AUGGAGGGCUCUGGCUCUGGGAUUUAUGAGAAUCAUCCAUACGUACCCAGGGAUCUAAAGCUAUCCGGAUUCGUACCUGGGUUUCUCUCACAGUCCACCAUUGUUGGGGUCUAUGGCCUCUCUUCCCUCCUCGUCGUUUUGCUUACCUGGCUCUUCUCCGGGCGGCCUCCAAAAAAAUCAAAAAUUGAUAGAUGGCUAAUGUGUUGGUGGGCCUUCACGGGCCUCACCCACAUUAUACUUGAAGGCUAUUUUGCCUUCUCGCCCGAGUUUUACAAGGAUAAGACUGCUUGUUACCUUUCUGAAGUUUGGAAAGAGUACAGCAAAGGUGAUUCAAGAUAUGCAGCUCGGGAUGCAGGCGUUGUUGCUGUUGAAGGACUAACUGCAGUUUUAGAAGGUCCAGCUUGCCUUCUUGCAGUAUAUGCAAUAGCUAAAGGCAAGUCAUAUAGCUACAUACUUCAGUUUGCCAUUUCGUUGGGGCAGCUCUAUGGAACUGCA